AAAAUCUACCAGCAAAAUGGAGCAAACCAUAGCUCCAAAGGAAGUGAGAAUCCUUGAAACAGCUGAGGAUAUUCAAGAGAGACGAGACCAAGUUCUUUCUCGUUACUCCCAAUUCAAGUCUGAUGCCAGAGCCAAGCGUGACAAGUUGGAAGAUUCUCGUCGCUUCCAAUACUUCAAGAGAGAUGCAGAUGAAUUGGAAUCAUGGAUUUUUGAAAAACUUCAGGCAGCCUCUGAUGAAAGCUACAGGGAUCCUACCAACCUUCAAGCCAAAAUUCAGAAGCAUCAAGCUUUUGAGGCAGAAGUUGCUGCACACAGCAAUGCUAUUGUCAGCUUGGACAAUAUUGGUUUGGAAAUGAUCAAUGAAGGCCAUUUUUCUGCAGAUGUCAUUCAAAAACGUUUGGAAGAGCUUCAUCGCUUGUGGGAACUUCUUCUAUCUCGUUUGGCCGAUAAAGGCAUGAAGUUGCAGCAAGCUCUUGUGUUGGUGCAGUUCUUACGCCAGUGUGACGAAGUUAUGUUUUGGAUCAACGAUAAGGAAGCUUUUGUUUCAUCUGAUGAGUUUGGUUCCGAUCUGGAACAUGUUGAAGUGUUGCAGCGUAAAUUUGACGAAUUCCAAAAAGACAUGGCUGCCCAAGAAUUCCGAGUUACUGAGGUCUUGGACCUCGCUGAUCGCUUAAUUAAGGACGGCCAUCCUGAAGUUGAUACCAUCAACCGCCGCAAAGAGGAACUGAAAGAAUCAUGGCAAAGGUUGAGGUUGUUGGCACUGAAUCGUCAAGAGAAACUUUUUGGUGCCCAUGAAAUCCAGCGUUUCAACCGGGACGCUGAUGAAACUAUUGCAUGGAUCACCGAAAAGGAUGUUGUCUUGUCGUCAGACGAUUUUGGUCGUGACCUAGCAAGUGUACAAACGCUACAACGUAAACAUGAAGGCGUUGAGCGUGAUCUUGCCGCUUUGGAAGAUAAAGUGAUGACUCUUGGUCAAGAAGCAGCUCGUUUGUGCGGCAUUCAUCCCGAUCACGCUGAACAAAUCAAAGUGAAGCAUCAAGAGAUUGAAAAUAACUGGGAAAGAUUGACUGGCAAAGCAAAGGAACGCAAACGUCGGCUAGACGACUCUUACUUCCUGCAUCGCUUUUUGUCGGAUUUCCGUGAUUUAGUCUCAUGGAUUCAUGAUAUGAAAGCUAUUAUCGCCGCAGAUGAGUUGGCUAAAGACGUCGCAGGUGCCGAAGCCUUGCUGGAACGUCACCAAGAACACAGGGGAGAAAUUGAUGCCAGGGAAGAUAGCUUCCGUGCAACCGCCGAAGCUGGUCAGCUCUUGGUAGAGAAGGAACACUGGGCUGCACCGGAAGUAAACGAAAAACUUAUUACCUUAUCCAACGAGAAACAGAAUUUGUUGACUCUAUGGGAAGAGCGCCGAAUUUUGUACGAACAGUGCAUGGAUCUUCAACUCUUUUAUCGCGAUACUGAGCAAGCUGACACAUGGAUGGCCAAGCAAGAAGCUUUCUUGUCAAAUGAAGAUUUAGGUGAUUCACUGGAUUCUGUUGAAGCUCUUAUCAAGAAACACGAGGACUUCGAAAAAUCACUGGCAGCUCAGGAGGAGAAAAUCAAAGCUUUGGAUGAAUUCGCGUCUAAGCUGAUCGAAGGGCAACAUUAUGCUGCUGAAGAUGUGGCGCAACGCCGCGCCCUUUUAUUAGAUCGCCGUGGAGCUUUACUCGAGAAGUCUAGCCAACGAAGAGUUUUACUUGAAGAUUCCUUUCGUUUGCAACAAUUUGAAAGAGACUGCGAUGAAACUAAAGGUUGGAUCAACGAAAAAUUGAAAUUCGCAACCGAUGAUAGCUACCUAGACCCAACCAACUUGAAUGGAAAAGUCCAGAAGCACCAAACGUUUGAACAAGAAUUGACUGCAAACAAAAGUCGCAUUGAAGAACUUGAUGCCGUAGGACGUGAAUUGAUUGAAGGAAAUCACUGGGCUACCGAUAGAAUUCAUUCACGCCUGGAAGAAAUCGUUCGUUUGUGGGAAACACUUUUAGCUGCCACCGAACGAAAGGGAACCAGAUUGGCGCAGGCCUCCCAACAGCAGCAAUUUAAUCGUGGCGUUGAAGACUUGGAAAUCUGGCUAAGCGAAGUUGAAGGCCAGCUAUUAAGCGAGGACUACGGCAAAGAUUUAACCAGUGUUCAGAACUUGCAAAAGAAGCAUGCUUUAUUGGAAGCAGAUGUAACCUCUCAUCAGGAUCGUACUGAUGCUAUUAAAUCAGCCGCUCAGCAAUUUAUCGAUUCAGGGCAUUUUGAUGUUGACAGCAUUCUCUCCAAACAGGCUAGUGUAACAGAGCGCUUUGAUGCUCUACAAAAUCCAAUGGGAUUGCGGAAGCAACGACUUUUAGAUUCACUUCGCGUCCAGCAACUCUUCCGCGACGUGGAAGACGAAGAAGCUUGGAUCCGCGAAAAGGAACCCAUUGCUGCGUCCACAAACCGUGGUCGCGAUUUGAUUGGUGUUCAGAACCUUAUCAAGAAACACCAAGCUGUCUUGGCUGAGAUGCACAAUCACGAACCACAUGUCUUGGCGGUUUGUCAAGCUGGUUUCCAGAUGGCUGACGAUGGUCACUUUGCAGCUGAUGAGGUACGCAAGCGCAUCCAGGCGCUCGCUGACCAUUGGGCCCAUUUGAAAGAGAAAGCUUUCCAGCGCAAGCAAGAUCUUGAAGACUCCCUUCAGGCUCACCAAUACUUUGCUGACGCCAACGAAGCCGAAUCAUGGAUUAAAGAAAAAGAACCGCUGUCCGGCAGCGUCGAUUACGGCAAGGAUGAAGAUUCUUCGGAAGCCCUCUUGAAAAAACACGAAGCAUUGAUGUCGGAUCUUGAAGCUUUUGGAUCAACUAUUGUAGCUCUCAGAGAUCAGGCUCAAAGUUGCCCGCAAGAAGCCCCGGUGUCUGACGUUUCUGGCAAAGAAUGUGUUGUGGCCCUGUAUGAUUAUACUGAAAAGUCACCGCGUGAAGUCUCCAUGCGCAAAGGGGAUGUUCUCACUCUGUUGAAUUCCAACAACAAGGAUUGGUGGAAAGUUGAAGUGAAUGAUCGCCAAGGAUUUGUUCCAGCCGCCUAUGUCAAAAAAAUUGAACCAGGAUUGUCAGCGUCGCAGCAGGCUUUGGCGGAACAGAGUUCGAUUACUGCGCGCCAAGUCCAGAUCGAUAGUCAGUACCAGUCUUUAAUGGCGUUGGCCCGCGAACGACAGCGUAAGUUAUCCGAAACGUGCAAGGCGUACGUGUUGGUGCGUGAGGCAGCUGAACUUGCCCAAUGGAUUAAGAAUAAGGAACAAUAUGCCCACAUUGAAGAUGUUGGGGAGGAUUUGGAGCAAGUGGAGGUCAUGCAGAAGAAAUUCGAUGACUUUAACGCUGAUUUGAAAGCCAAUGAAGUGCGCUUGGCAGAGAUGAACGAAAUUGCCAUGCAACUGAUGAGCCUAGGUCAAACCGAAGCAGCUCUAAAGAUUCAAACUCAAAUGGAAGAUUUGAAUCGAAAAUGGGCUUCCAUUCAACAACUUACAGCUGAGCGUGCCCAACAGUUGGGCUCUGCUCAUGAAGUCCAGCGCUUCCAUCGUGAUGUUGACGAAACCAAAGACUGGAUCCAUGAAAAAGACGAAGCUCUUAACAACGAUGACCUAGGUAAAGAUCUUCGCAGUGUACAAGCUCUUCAACGCAAGCACGAAGGCUUAGAGAGAGAUCUUGCUGCUCUCGGAGACAAGAUCCGUCAAUUGGAUGAAGCUGCUUCCCGCCUGGUGCAAGGACACCCUGAUUCUGCCGAAACCAUUAAUUCAAAACAAGAAGAGAUUCACGAUGAGUGGACUCAGUUGACUGCUAAAGCUAACGCGCGCAAAGAGAAAUUGUUGGACUCGUACGACUUGCAGCGUUUCUUGAGCGACUACCGUGACUUGACCGCUUGGAUUCAGUCCAUGAUGGGACUGGUUGCUUCAGACGAAUUGGCUUCAGAUGUUACGGGCGCCGAAGCACUUCUUGAACGCCAUCAGAAUUAUCGGAACGAAAUCGAUGCCCACUACGGUAUUCCGCAGGAGCAUCGCACUGAAAUCGAUGCUAGAGCAGGAACCUUUCAAGCUUUCGAGCUGUUUGGACAGCAUUUACUGCAGUCCAAUCAUUAUGCUUCUACAGAAGUCCAGGAGAAAUUGGAGAAUAUGAAUGUGGCUCGGCAAGAACUUGAAAAAGCUUGGAUCGGCCGCCGUAUGGAGUUAGAUCAGUGCUUGGAGCUACAACUGUUCUACCGUGAUUGCGAACAAGCCGAAAACUGGAUGUCGGCCCGUGAAGCCUUCCUUGCUGCUGAGGAGUUAGAUAGUCAGGGUGACAACGUAGAAGCCUUGAUCAAGAAACACGAAGAUUUUGAUAAAGCCAUCAAUGCACAAGAGGAAAAAAUUGCCGCUCUUGCUACCUUUGCUGAUCAACUGGUUGCUGCUGAACACUAUGCCAGCUCUGCCAUUGAUGGUAAAAAGGUCCAAGUUUUGGAUCGCUGGAGUAACUUGAAGGAAGCUUUGAUCGAGAAACGCUCCAAGCUUGGAGAAUCCCAAACGCUCCAACAAUUCUCUCGUGAUGCUGAUGAGGUCGAAAACUGGAUGGCAGAAAAAUUGCAAUUAGCUACAGAAGAAAGCUAUCGUGACCCUGCUAAUAUCCAAUCGAAACACCAGAAGCACCAAGCCUUUGAGGCUGAGUUAGCUGCAAAUGCUGACCGUAUUCAGGCCGUGCUUGCUAUGGGUCAAAACUUGAUUGACAAGCAUCAGUGCGCAGGAUCCGAAGAAGCGGUUCAAAGCCGUUUAGUUUCCAUCGCAGAUCAGUGGGAGUUCCUUACCCAUAAAACAGCUGAAAAGUCAAUGAAACUGAAAGAAGCUAACAAACAACGUACCUACAUCGCCGCUGUAAAAGAUCUUGAUUUCUGGCUUGGUGAAGUCGAAUCCCUUUUGACUUCUGAGGAUGCCGGCAAAGAUUUGGCAUCAGUGCAGAAUUUGAUGAAGAAGCACCAGCUGGUCGACGCUGACAUCUUGGCACACGAAGAUCGUAUUAAAGAUAUGAACGAUCAAGCUGAUUCACUAAUCGAAAGUGGACAGUUUGAUGCGGCUGCUAUUCAGGAAAAGCGUCAAUCCAUCAACGAACGAUACGAACGCAUCAAGAAUUUGGCUGCACAUCGCCAAGCAAGGUUGAACGAGGCCAUGACUCUACAUCAAUUUUUCCGUGACAUCGCCGACGAAGAGUCCUGGAUUAAAGAAAAGAAAUUAUUGGUCGCAUCCGACGACUAUGGUCGCGAUUUAACAGGUGUUCAGAACUUGAAGAAGAAGCACAAACGUCUGGAAUCUGAGCUGGCAUCGCAUGAACCUGCCAUUCAAGCGGUUCAAGAUGCUGGCCAACAGUUAAUGAACGUUUCCAAUCUGGGAGUGCCUGAGAUCGAGCAACGUCUUCGUAUGCUUAACCAGGCAUGGGACGAGCUGAAACUAAUGGCAGCCACUCGUGGCACCAAACUGGAGGAGUCGUUGACAUAUCAACAGUUUUUGGCUAAAGUUGAAGAAGAAGAAGCUUGGAUUAGCGAGAAGCAACAGCUACUCUCCGUCGAAGACUUCGGUGACAACAUGGCUGCCGUUCAGGGUCUCUUGAAGAAACAUGAUGCAUUCGAGACGGACCUUGCUGUCCACCGCGAUCGCUGCAACGAAAUUUGUGAAGCUGGCAAUACCCUUAUCCGAGAUGGAAACCACCAUUCGACUUCGGUCGGUCAACGCUGCCAACAGUUACAGGACAAGCUAGAAACCCUUGGAUCCAUUGCCAAGCGCAGAAAGGGCCGUUUGCUUGACAAUGCUGCUUACUUGCAGUUUAUGUGGAAGGCUGAUGUUGUAGAGUCCUGGAUUGCUGACAAAGAGAAUCACGUACGAUCGGAGGAUUUCGGUCGUGAUCUUUCUUCUGUGCAAACUCUAUUGACAAAACAGGAGACCUUCGAUGCAGGCUUGCACGCUUUCGAACAAGAAGGCAUUCAAAACAUUACAACCUUGAAAGAUCAGUUGGUGAGUGCUGGUCACGAUCAAACAGCCACUAUUUUGAGCCGCCAUGGUGAUGUUAUCUCCCGCUGGAAUUCACUAUUGGGAGCAUCCAAUUCGCGCAAGCAACGAUUGCUCCGUAUGCAAGAUCAAUUCAGGCAGAUUGAAGAACUCUAUCUUACCUUUGCGAAGAAGGCAUCAGCUUUCAACUCGUGGUUCGAGAAUGCCGAGGAAGACCUCACCGACCCAGUCCGCUGUAAUUCUAUUGAAGAGAUCCGUGCCCUUCGAGAAGCGCAUGCCCAAUUUCAGGCUUCUCUAUCAUCAGCCCAAGUUGAUUUCGAAUCUUUGGCUGCACUUGACGCCGAAAUCAAGAGCUUCAAAGUCGGACCCAACCCAUAUACUUGGUUCACUAUGGAAGCCUUGGAAGAUACUUGGCGCAAUCUGCAAAAGAUCAUUUCUGAGCGUGACUCCGAGCUCUUGAAAGAGGCUCAACGUCAAGAAGACAACGAUCGCCUCCGAAAAGAAUUCGCCCGUCACGCAAACGCUUUCCAUCAAUGGCUUACCGAGACGAGGCUGAGGCUUCUAGGCUGGGACGGGGCGUCUAUGAUGGAAGGUUCUGGCACCUUGGAACAACAGCUUGAAGCAACAAAGCGUAAGGCUUCCGAAGUAAGAGCUCGUCGACAAGAUUUAAAGAAAAUUGAAGACCUAGGGGCUAUCUUGGAAGAACAUCUAAUUCUAGAUAACCGUUACACUGAACACAGCACCGUGGGUUUGGCCCAGCAAUGGGAUCAAUUGGAUCAAUUAGGAAUGCGCAUGCAACAUAACUUGGAACAACAGAUCCAAGCCCGCAACCAAUCUGGUGUCAGCGAAGACGCUCUUAAGGAGUUCUCCAUGAUGUUUAAGCAUUUUGACAAGGAGAAAACUGGCCGUCUGAAUCAUCAAGAAUUCAAGUCUUGUUUACGUGCGCUUGGAUACGAUCUUCCUAUGGUGGAAGAAGGUCAAGUUGAUCAAGAAUUUGAAACCAUAGUUGAUAUCGUGGACCCCAAUCGCGAUGGAUAUGUAUCCCUGCAAGAAUAUAUGGCAUUUAUGAUCAGCAAAGAAACCGAGAACGUUCAGAGCUCGGAGGAGAUCGAAAACGCUUUCCGCGCCAUCACCAACGGCGAAAGGCCUUAUGUCACUAAGGAAGAAUUAUAUGCUAACCUUACGAAAGAAAUGGCCGAUUACUGCGUUUCACGUAUGAACCCUUACGUCGAUCCCAAGUCCGGAAAACCGGUCCUGGGCGCGUUGGACUACAUGGACUUUACCCGAACCCUAUUCCAGAAUUAACGCAUAUGCUUCAAAUCUUUACUGUAGUUUCCGCUUGCUUUUAAUUAAACUUUUUGCAUUUAUUUACUUCGAUUGCCCCUAUUUAACUACUACGUCUGACAGCUGUCAUCCUGACAUUAGCAUUGCUAUGUCGCCAAUUUUGCUUAGGCGGGAAUAUCGGGGAUUUAUUGCGUUUUUUCUUUAAAUGAUUGGAAGUUAGCAUUUAAUUUUUCUUCCCCUUAUGUUUUCUUAUGUCUUUACAUAGUGCUACUACAUGCAUUUUAGUAGUAAUAAGCUAAUCGUUCAAUCAAAUAUACCGUAGAUAAAA